CUAACACAAACAGUUUGUGGAUAUUCCUGAUUUCCUGAGGAAACCUCUUAUAUACACAUACAUAUUUAUAGAAAAGCGCCGAAUGAUGUUGUGGAGGCCCCGGCUGUCCAACAUUGAAACGUCAGCUCAGAUGGACAACAUCCAACAUUGGCCCAGUCCUUCACAGGCUCUCGGUGUGGAGGCCCGACGCGGCGCUCACCGCGUGGAGGCACUGAUGGAGAGGCCCCACCGCGGUGGCGGAUGGCUCCUGUCUGGCAUCGUCUGCAUCAACAUACUGAUCCUGGGAUGCACCCUGGUCAGCGGCAGUGCCUUCCACAGCGUGGCGAUUACUGAUGUGCACAGGCAAAUCUUCCUCAUCAUUCUCCUCCUCCUCACGAUUCUGUGGAUGCUGUUUUACAUGAGAGUCACCUCUCAAAAGGAUCCAAAUGGCGUGUUCAAAGACAGCCACGCAGGGCCAGUGUGGCUCCGAGGUGGACUUCUGCUGUUUGGGCUUCUCAGUCUCCUCAUGGACAUCUUCAAGAUUGGCGCCUCUGUGGGUUACCUGCAGUGUGACUCUGUUGUUAAGGUUGCCUUCCCUGUUGUGCAAGCUGCGUUUCUGUUUGUCCAGACCUACUUCCUGUGGUGUCAUGCAAAGGACUGUGUGCAACGACACACAAAUUUCACACGGUGCGGCCUUACUCUUACCCUUUCAACUAACCUGGUGGUGUGGAUGGCAGCUGUGACUGAGGAAUCGGUCCACCAAAUGGAAAUUUCAGACCUAAAUGUCGACGUGUUCAGAGCCCUCUUUGAUGACCGCAGGUGCAACUGCAGUCACUCUGUGUGCGAAACCUUCAAAGAGGCCUUCUACUACCUGUACCCUUUCAACAUCGAAUACAGCCUCUUCGCUUCAGCCGUGACUUACGUCAUGUGGACAAAUGUCGGUCGCCCCGCGGAGGCCCCCAGCAGCCCCCAGAGCGUCAAGUUCUCCCUGAAGGACGUGUGUUUGGGGUCUGUUACGGGAACACUGCUGGUGGUGGCAGGACUCGUGACGUUCGUGGUGUACAAAGUGGACAUACUGACGGAGGAUGAAAAGAACCGAAACGAGGCCCUGCUGAUCCACUUCAUCACUAACGCAGUGAUAGUGAGCCUGAUGUGCCUCUCCACUGCGAUCGGCUGCGUGGUCUACAGGCUGGACCGCAGAGAGCACGUUUCGGCGAAGAACCCCACCCGCAGCCUGGACGCGAGGCUUCUGUUGGCGGCCUCGUUGGGGCAGUUCCUCAUCAGCUACUUCACCGUCGUGGCCGUGGCGGCGACCGGAGGCGGCGGGCACCUGGAUGCCCUCAACCUGUCGUGGGCGGUGCUGACGGUGCUCCAGCUCGGCCUGCAGAACUACUUCAUCGUCGAGGGCCUCUACAGGGAGCCUUUCCACGUGACGCAGGCGGGCGCCCCGCACGACGCGCAUGCUCACGCCUGCCGGGAGCAUCCGGAGGUGACGAUGGCUCAGGAGGGUCCGAAGUCCAAAUGCUCCGUCACUUCGAGUCGGGAUAAGCCGAGUUGGAAGAGACGAGUAUUGAAGGAAGUCUGUGCCUUUCUGCUGUUUGCUAACAUCAUUCUGUGGAUCAUGCCCGCCUUCGGUGCUCGACCCCAGUUUGAUCAUCCAAUCGAGAUCAAGUUCUACAAAUUCUCGCUGUGGGCGACAAUUGUGAAUAUUGGACUGCCGUUUGGAAUAUUCUACCGCAUGCACUCUGUCGCCAGUCUCUUUGAGGUGUAUUUGAACACUUAGAUAAACUUAUUUUUAAACAUGAUUGAGAAUAAUUUCAGAGUAUGUGUAUUUUAACGUGUGAAAAAGAGAGGUAACAACCUAUUACAUUUAUGUGUCUGAAUCCUAAACGGUAUUUUUUUUAAAUGCAGCAAAUAAAGAACAUAUUGUCUUACAGAAUAUUUUCUCAUGACAUUUCUUGUUAAUAAUUUAAAAAAUAUUUUUUAUAUUGGUGUUAAAUCAAUACAAAAUGUAUUAUUUACUGCUGUAAGCGAGGCAGAGGGUCAUGGUGACAUCUAGUGAUCAUGGUGGGAAGGGGCAGCAUUUUGUGGCCAAACUACAUGUAACCAGUUGAAAAAGUUAAAUAUCUUUUAAUAGGCUCUAUAAUAUGGAUGAUUAAAUGUUAAUUCAUCUUGACUUGUAGUUUUGAGGUGAGGAUCCAAAUGGUGCACAAAGAUUAAAUUAUAUAAUCAUAUUCACCUUAUGUAUUGCUGUAUUGAGAGAUUUCCCUUUAAAGCAUAUUGUUCAGUAAUGUGACAAAUGCAGAAUUCAGCGAUACAUAUC